AUGCUAUGUAUGUUUUAUGAAGUAACUUCUCUUUUAUCAACAGACCUAUCACCAUCAACGAUAAUGAAUAAUGACAAAAUCUUGUGCACUAAUACAUCAACUAACUCCGAAGGUCAGUCUGGUGAGGAAGAUGAGAAAUCUUCUGAUGCUGCUCGAAUGGUUGUAAUGCUGCAAACCUUACAAUUACUUGUUCAGGGAGUAAAAAAUGGUAAUGAUGAUGAUAACGACGGCAAUGAAGUGCACAAUCUUACAUGUGACGUAUGUGGGAAUACUCCAAUACGCGGCGAUUGUUACAAAUGUUUGCAAUGUGAUAAUUUUGAUCUAUGUGCUGGAUGUUUUGAGCGUCGUAUUGAAUCUAAGCAACAUAAAAGUGGACAUUUACUUGUUCACUUUCGUAUACCAAACGAACUCUUCGGUCGAACUGUAACUUAUGACGAAAUUACCUUUGCGAAACUCAAACAAUUCUAUGCCAAAGAAGUAAACGAGUCGAUCACCUGUGAUGGAUGUAUGAAAUCAAACUUUGUUGGAUUACGUUUCAAAUGUGAUACGUGUCCAAAUUAUGACUUGUGUGAAAAAUGUUCCAUUACAUACGUCACAACAAAAGAUCAUAAAUUAAUGCAUCCACUGAUUCUGACUUCUCAUCGGGUAAUCGUACAGAUACCUGUGGAUGACAUUGAACUAGGUGAAGAAUUAGGAAGUGGUGCUUUCGGUGCUGUUCACAAGGCACGAUGGAUAUCGAAAAAUCGCGAGGUGGCAUGCAAAAUAAUUUUUGCGCCUGAUACCAACCAGAUCUUUGCUUUGGAAAAAAGCUUUUUCAAAGAACUAUCUGCUUAUACAGAACUGUCAGGUGGUUACAUUCUUCAAACAUAUGGAUAUGCCAUGACUCGACAGAAUAACAAAAGAAUUUACAUGAUCAUUACGGAAUAUAUGGCACGUGGCAGUCUAGCAAAUGUACUCAAGGAAAAAGGUAAAAUCUCUCUACGUCGCAAAGUUCACAUGGCUAGACAGAUUGCCAGUGGAAUGCGAAAGAUUCAUGAUCAUCACAUGAUUCAUCGAGAUAUUCGACCGGAUAACAUUUUGGUUAAUCAACAAUAUACUUGUAAAAUCGGUGACAUGGGUAUUGCACGCGUUACAGAUCCACAGAAUCGACAUACGCAGAUUGGUUGUCAGCCCUUUAUGCCACCAGAAUUUUACGAGGGCACUUAUGAUCAAAAUUUGGAUAUUUUCACAUUUGGCUUAACUUUAAAUGAACUUUUUACUGAAACCCAGCAUGUUUUUCGACAAAGAGUCACAGAGAAAAUUGUUUUCAAGGAAGAGAGUCCGAUCUUUCGAGAUCUUAUUACUCGAUGCACAGCCGAUGAUCCGAAACAUCGACCAACAGCGACUGAGAUUGAAAAGACUCUGGAACUGUACACUCAUGGAUUCGACAUGAUCGUUCUGAAGAAACAAGCGAAUUACGUUCGUUUAUCUACUGAACAAAAGGAUCAAGUUUUCAUCGAUUUCUACGAACAAUUUCAUAAAUCAGCAACUGAGUUUAUUCGAAAGAAAUUUCCAGUAGAAUUUUUACAAGGACCAAAAUUUGUAGCUGGCGUGAAAGUUAAACGCGAUGUCGAGAAUGAUCAACAAGUUGAUUGCCAUGUGCAAUAG